AUGCCCAAUAGUUUCGUGAAUGAGGGAAGUAAUGGUGAUCCCUCUUGUAGAUACAAGCUGGAAAAUUCUAUAAUAAUUCUAGAGCGUACAAACAGUGGAAUAUUAGAGCACUACAACAAAUUUACUGAACUAUCGCCUAGACCAAACAGCACUAAUGAAGGCAAUAUGGAGAGAGAGGAGAUUGUCCUGAGCAUCGAUGAGAGUUCUCCAUCUAUGUCUAGUACUUCUCUCCCUACGAAGUCCAUCAAGCAGACACAGGAUGUGGGAGAGGCAGGACCCAUAGAGCAUAUGAUUUCUGAACCAAAAGUCGGUAUUACCCAACGACGACUCAAUCUUUUUUAUUUUAUAUGGCUUAAGCUUAUCUAUGCGUACGACUCUGGCGCGUUUAGCGCCGCAGUCGGUGUUCAGAAUGGAAUCGUGGAUGAAUGGAAACUCUCUACCACCGAGCAAGGCGUAUUAAUCUCAAGUGUUUUCCUCGGUACUGUUAUUGGCUGCUUGUUCUCAGGGCACUUGUUUUCAAUAUACAAUCAAAAGAAAGUUCUUAUCCUAUCACUAAUAUUUCACACUAUCGCGACCUUUUUGUUUGCCCUGCUUCCAUUUUUUUAUCAGGGGAUUGUAACUCGUUUCCUUUUGGGAAUCACCCUGUCGUUUAUUGUGGUCUACGUGCCUGUGUGGGUUGAAGAAUUUGCACCGAAGGGCAGCGAAAGCAUGUGGAUGGGUUCGCAUAAUGUUGCCGUACCUAUAGGGGUGAUUUUGGGUUAUCUAGUGUGUGUUUACUUCGCGUCGCAUGAGAAAAUAGGAUGGGAGGGUGCUUUUUACGUGAAAUGCCUCCUUAUGCUUCCUACUAUUCUGUGUCUAACGCACCUAGACUCACAAUUCAUCAAUGCCAGUCAGGUUUCUACUCAAAACAAUGAUUCCCACACGAUCAAUUCUAUGUUGGUCGAUUUACAUGCGCCUCCCACGGCUCAUCCUAACUUCGAUAAUACAACCACAAGCACCUCCCAGUAUGAAAAGAUAGUAAACUAUUUUCACCAGCGCUUUGACAUCAUCUGGAAAGUGGUGCAUCCUUUGCUUUGCAAUACUGUAUUCAUGCUGAGCGUAUUUAUUAUGUGCAUUAUGUACUUUAUUGCGACGGGGCUGCAGAACUUCUUAACUCAAUACCUGCGGGAGGAUCCGUUUAAUGCAUCCAUGACGACCAUCACGAUUGGUUUUGGGAUCAGCAUCCUAACCGCACCGGUACUGGGGGUCAUCCUCGGUGCCAUCUUGCUCGAUUUCUGUGGGGGGUAUAGUGAUGACCUAUUUCGUGUAGGGGUUUUUGGUUUAUGUUGGAGCAUCCCCGGGUCGUUUUUUUCGACGUUGUGUAUAUUUCUGACAGAGCCGGUGUCUUUCAUCGUAUUUGUCGCCCUCAUGCUCUUCUGCGGUGGUGCCGCCAUUCCAUUUGCGACCGGCCUCACCAUGUGCUCCCUGCCCGAGCACUUGCGUCCGGCCGGUGCGGCCUUUUCACAAAUUGUGUAUAACCUUUUCGGGAACUUUAGUGGUCCUAUAGUGUGCAGUGUGGUGACUGAACUCUCUGGGGGGCUCAACUACGGCGUCAUGACGUUACUCUUAACUACUAAUGUGGAGGUUAUUCUGAUUCUAAUCCUCUUUUCCAUCGCGGUGAAAAAGAAGAAUAACGAAAAGGCAACAUCAUUUGGCGUCGUCGUCAUUGACAGCGCAAAUGAUGCGUCUCCAGACUCGACGUUUGCCCCUAGUAGCAAUAAGGUCAGGGUAUGGAAAUAA